UUCAGUGAAUGAAGCUGUCAAGCAGAACUUCAUGGCUGCGUUGGGAUCACAUAUAAGGAAGGCUAUUGCACUGAAAAAGGGCGACACCGGCUGGGUGUUUGGUGGAGCGCUGAGGAAUGCUUGUCGAUUUCGAUUGCAGUGUUCCGCUUCGUAUGCCUUGAAUGAGAUAGAUGUCGCUGUGAUGCCAGGCCCGGGUGUAUGGAAAAUAUCGCCUGUUCAACCACAGGGCGUGGAUGUGGAUCGAUUUUGCCAAGAAUCCCUGCAGAAAAUAACGUGGACGUGGGUGAAUUUGCAGCGAGCGGAGCCCUUGAUGAGAUUUGGAUUCGAGGUGAACGACCGAGAUUUCUUCGACUUGCAAUCAUGGAUGCCUUGUUUAAGUGGCCUUUUUCCACCAAUGUUUUCUCGAGAAACGGAAGAUUUUUGCCUGAAGCCGGGAGUGAAAGAUGCAUCUGGAGCGUAUCUUCUCGACAGGAGUCCGAAGUACUUCGAACCCUUGCUGAAUUAUUUACGUACCGGGAAUUUAGUUCUGGACCAAAGCAUAAAUCCAAGAGGUGUUCUGGAAGAAGCCAAGUAUUUCGGGAUUGAGAGUCUGAUUCCUCUUCUCGAAGCGAUGCAGCCUGUAGCAGUUCCGAAAGACCAGCAACCCCUCACAAGACGGGAUGUUGUGGAGGCGUUGAUUCAGUCUCCUUGCACAUCUCCAUUGAGAUUUCAGGGAGUGAAUUUAGCGGGUGCUGAUUUGUCGAGAUUGGACCUGCGGUACAUCAACUUCAAAUACGCGUGUUUGAAGAAUUCCAAGUUGACUGAGGCGAACCUGAGUUAUGCAUGCUUUGAGCGAGCGGAUUUGUCGGGAGCGGAUCUCGAGUCAGCGUCACUAUUGGGUGUGAAAAUGUUGUGUGCCAAUAUGGAAGCGGAUUUGUCGGGAGCGGAUCUCGAGUCAGCGUCACUAUUGGGUGUGAAAAUGUUGUGUGCCAAUAUGGAAGGUGCCAAUCUUAGAAAGUGCUCAUUUUGCGAUCCUUCGGGAACUGCCAGCAACCUCGAAGGAGUGAAUUUGAAGGGAGCAAACCUCGAAAACAGCGACAUGGAGCAUAUAAAUCUGAGGGUUGCCAAACUGCGGAAUGCGAAUGGAGUGAAUUUAGCGGGUGCUGAUUUGUCGAGAUUGGACCUGCGGUACAUCAACUUCAAAUACGCGUGUUUGAAGAAUUCCAAGUUGACUGAGGCGAACCUGAGUUAUGCAUGCUUUGAGCGAGCGGAUUUGUCGGGAGCGGAUCUCGAGUCAGCGUCACUAUUGGGUGUGAAAAUGUUGUGUGCCAAUAUGGAAGGUGCCAAUCUUAGGAAGUGCUCAUUUUGCGAUCCUUCGGGAACUGCCAGCAACCUCGAAGGAGUGAAUUUGAAGGGAGCAAACCUCGAAAACAGCGACAUGGAGCAUAUAAAUCUGAGGGUUGCCAAACUGCGGAAUGCGAAUGUGCGUAACUGUGACCUGAGAGGAGCUUGUCUUGCCGGU